AGGGAGGCGGCGGCGAUGCUGGAGCGGUUCCUGCGGGAGGGGCGGCUGUCGGCGCUUCUGUGGGACGGGUGUCAGCAGCAGGCGCACGGUGGGUGCCCGGAGCAGCAGGACGCCCUGCUCAACAGAAUCGUGUGUUUGCCUGAGCACGUGAGCAAUAAACUCCAGGGGGAAAAUCCGCCGGUGUUCUUCCCGCAGAACUACUUCCCUCUCCUGGGAGCUGCAGUUCUCCAGGUGCUGCAGAUGAUCUCCGACUCUCUGCGAGGUGGCUUGGACUGCUCCAUCUCUUUUGUUUCUCACGUCCUGGGGAAGGUGUGCAUUCAUGGAAGGCAAAAGGAGAUUCUGGGUGUUCUGGUGCCCCGCUUGACAGAGCUCACUAAGUCAGACUGCAUCUGGCAGAGGAUCUGCUGGCGGCUGGUGGAGUGUGUGCCAGAGCGCUGGAUGGAGGCAGUGGUCCUUGGCUUUGUGCAGAGAGCACCUGGGUCAGAUGUCUUGUCCAGAUUACUGGGGAACCUGGUUGUGAAGAACAAGAAGGCUCAGUUUGUGGUGACGCAGAAGGUGCUGCUCUUGCAGUAUGGCCACACGACGGCGGUGCUGCAGAACCUCCUUGGGUACCUGUCCCUGGACAGCCUCCGGCGGGCCCUGCUGCUCAGAGUGCUGCAGGAGCUGUUGGAGACCUGGGGCAGCAGCAGUGCUGUGAAACACUCACCACCCGAGCAGCAGCUGUAUAUUAGCAAGGCCAUCCUCAUCUGCCUCUCCCACCUGAAGGAGCCUGAAAUCGAGAGCUGCAGACAAGAGCUUCUCACAAGCAUGAUGGAGGGUGUGAAGUGCCACUUGGACAGCAGUCUGCCACAGCUCCGGCGUCUGGGAAUGGUGGUGGCAGAGAGCAUCAGCUCCAAAAUAAACACGGAGGGGCCUGUCCUGAAGUUUGAGUAUGAAGAAGAUGAUGAAACAAGAGAAUUGAGGUCCCUUCUGGUACAGACUCCACCACUGUGUGUUGUCCCCAGCCUUCCAGGUGAUGACAGGAGUGAGAAAGCAGGUGCUGCACUGCCAUUGGUACCAGAAAGUAACAAGAAAUCCCAGACAGCAGCCCCUGUGAUGCCAGAUAAGGAGUCAGAUGCUGAGCUUGACAGUGAUGAUGACCUCGUCCCUUAUGACAUGUCAGAGGAUAAAGAGCUGAAGAUUAAGGCUCCUGUGUAUAUCCGAGACUGCAUUGAAGUUCUGACAGGAUCUGAAGAUGUGGACAAAUGGGAGGCUACAGUCAAGGCUCUUGAGAGCUUGAUUCGGAGGAAUCCAGCAGCAACAAGAGAGGUUAGUGUGGAGCUGGCAAAAAUAUUAUUGCAUUUGGAGGAGAAGACCUGCAUUGAAGGCUUUGUGGAGCUCCGUCAGAGAGCUCAAGUAGCUGUUUUAACCACAGAUCCAAUACCUGUUUCAAAGUACUUGACCUCCCAGUUCUACUCUCUUAACUACAGUCUCCGUCAGCGCAUGGACAUCCUUGAUGUAUUGGUUUUGGCAGCUCAGGAACUGUCCUGUCCCAAAUUCCAUGGGAAGCCCAAGCAUUCUGAUGCCCAAAAACCUCGUAUCCAGCUCCUUCCUGGAAAUGACAGCUCUAAGGACUGGAGAAGAAUUGUUGAUGAGAGGAUCAAAAGCAAGACUCGGAGAUUUGCUACGCGUCAGUGUCACGUGGAACCAGCUUCCAGCCCAAACCAGUUCAGUUCUGUUGCUGGGCACUUCUUCUUUCCAUUGCUUCAGCACUUUGACAGGCCUUUGACAACAUUUGAUCUCCUGGGGGAAGAUCACUUAGUCCUUGGAAGGCUGGUCCACACUUUAGCAGUGCUGAUGUACUUGGCUGUCAACGCUGUGGCAGUGACAGCAAUGGGAAAGGCACUGCUGGAGUUUGUUUGGACUCUGCGUUUCCACACGGACUCGUAUGUGCGCCAGGGCCUCUUGUCCUGUAUCUCCUCCCUGCUCCUCAGUGUCCCUGCAGAGCUGCUUCUGGCAGACAUGACAGAGGAACUGUUGGAGACUCAGUCCUGGCUGGGAGCUGCUUCUUUUGCAGAUAUGGUGGAGAAAGAUCCUGAUGGGGACUGCAGGAGGCUGGCCCUGCAGAACUUGCUGCUCAUGGAGAACCUGAAAAAGAAACUUGAAGCUGUCCCUUCCUAGCUGAAAGGGUAACAGAAGUGGCCUUUAGCUCGUGCUCUUGCCAGCUGGAUGUGUUUGGGCACUGCUGGGGCCUCUUCAGCAGUCACCUGGCGGGAGGAGAGGAAGAAGGGGGAAGGGUGCUGAGCUGUGAGCCAGCAGGUCUGACUUGACAUCUGGACUUUGUAGUGGAGGCCAAUUGAGUGAGCUCUUGGUAUCCGGUACAGCGAGUACAGAUGCAGGAAGGCAGCGAGCACUGCCAUCCUCCCCCAGCCCCCACCCAGCUAUUUAUAACCCUGGCAGGUCUGAGCACUCAGCUAAAAAUACGGGGAAGAUCUCAUGGAGCCUUCUUGUCAGACAAACAGGAGGGCUGGGGACGGCCACUUGCCACUCUGACCUGCCCCUGACAAAGGCUCCUGCACCCCUGAGCAGGCAGUUUGGGGUGACAGCUGUUGGCCUGCUGCUGGAAGGGGUGGCAUGGAAUGGCACUGCUGAUGGGAUGCAAACACUGGAUAGCUACACUGAACUGCUGAAAAUGUGCUGGACCUAACUAACAUUCAGAUUUUGACCUUAAAAUCUUCCCCGCUCUUCUUCUCCGAAAGCAAUUUAAAAACUUUAUAUUCACCCCAAGUUUUGAAGCAAGUCACAAAACAUGAAAAAGAAAAAUCAUUUAAGCAGUUCUUACUGGUUUUUUUCUGUCUCAAAUUUAUUAAAAUACUAAAGCCAGGUUUUUAACAGGAUGUACACAUGAACCUCUGUAUGUUGUGUUUGAGAGAGCCUAUUAACUCCAAUACUGUUGCUUGUACAGUCAAGCAGGAAAACUAAAUUCCUUGGUAAUAACCAAAAAGCCCUGUGGCAGCAGCACGUGACUGAUCCGGGACCCCUAAUGAGGGUGCAAUAAAAGACCUGGCAUUAAAGUCAGCUUUGCAGUGUCAGGAGUUCUCCACUU